CCAAAUUUAUGAGACAUGGCGUUCAAACUGUUUCACCGAAAGUUUUUUCAAGUUGCCCUAUUCUUUUCAGAAGACCUCGGCCGCUGUUUAAAAUGCUGAUGAAACCCCCUGUCACGCCCCUAGCACCUCACCGCACCGCGCAGCCAGAUGGGCUCCUCCUCGUGCCCGCUCUCGGGCUCCCCCGGGCCAAGCGGCUCCAAUUCCAAGCCCAGGACGACGGCGCGCGCCAGCGGCGUCGGGUUCGGAGGCGUAGCAAUGGCGCGGAGCGUGGCCGUGGCGGCAGUGAAGCUGGAGCCGAAGCCGGAGCCGUGGGCGGCGGGCGCAGAGGAGGCGUCGUCAGUGGUGCCGCGGUCGAUGGAGGGGCCGCCGCUCCCUGCGCCGUUCGUGUCGAAGACGUACGAGAUGGUGGCGGACGCGGCCACGGACGCCGUGGUGUCGUGGGCGCCCGGCGGCGCGGGGAACAGCUUCGUGGUGUGGGACCCGCGGGCGCUCGCCGCCGGCAUCCUCCCGCGCUUCUUCAAGCACGCCAACUUCGCGUCCUUCAUCAGGCAGCUCAACAUCUACGGAUUCAGGAAGGUGAAUCCGGAUCGUUGGGAGUUUGCAAACGAAUCCUUCUUAGCAGGCCAGAAGCAUUUGCUGAAAAAUAUCAAGAGGAGGCGUGCUUCCAAGCCUCAGAUGGAAGCAAAGCCAAGAAACUGUGCUGGUGCUUGUCUCGGUUCGCCGAAGGAUCCCAGCGAGGUCGAGAGUUUGAAACGAGACCGCGCAGCGCUCAGGGCCGAAGUCAUCACGCUAAGGCAGCAGUACAACAUCUGCAAAUCCCAACUCGUCGCCUUGGAGGAGAGGAUCCUGAACAACGAGAGGAACCAGCAGAGGGCCAUCGCCUUCUUCGCAAAGGUGCUCAGCAACCCAGGUUUCGUGCAGCAGGUCCUGCUCAACUAUGCCAAGGAGAAAGAACUACGUGGCGCUUCCAAAAGACAGCGGCUGAUGGAAAACGAAGAACAUCGGCACGGCGAUUUGCCACUGAGGAGUGGCACCGAAGCUGCGUUUGCGACAGUGGCGGCUGGCGUUGGCGUCUCUGCGGGGAGCAGCCAUGGUGGCACAGCCGCGAAACAGGAGCCUGGGCCUGAGUUGAAUGGUCAGGAGAUGGACAGUAUUUGGUAUGAUGUGUGGGACGAGCUGGACGCGAUACCAGGCGCUGAAAUGGACCGGCGAGAAGCAGACAAGGGCGUGGCUGGCUUCGACGUCGAGGAUUUCAGUGGACGGCCUUGCGGUUGGGAUGAUGACUGCUCGUAUCUCGCGGAGCCGAUGCAGUUUGUGGAGCACUAUGACUAGAGGUGCAAGAAUUGCUUGAUCUGGAGCUGGAGAGGAAUAUGCUUGUUCAUAGCUUCACCAUAUUAGGAUUCUGCCAACUGAAAUUCGUACAGUAUAUAUAGGAAUAGGUACAGUGGGUUGUUUAACUCGCAGUUUAGUGUGAUAGUUUUGUGGUGUAUAGCGUCAGCUCUGACUUCUGAGAACAUAUCGAGCUCAACUAUGACGCCACUUCUCUGGCUCUGCAAACCUGGAGUUCGUAAAAGGUUAUUGUGAUAGUUUGUGUUUUCUUCUUAAUAUUUCCAGGAUGAAGCAAAGGCUACACACCGUCGUGGAGCAUUUGCCUUUCGCA